AUGAAUCAGGAUGUACGAUUUCUCCCAGAGGCAGUAUACAUUAGUUCUCUGAAAAAGAGACGGUCUCUUCGCAUUGACAGGUCAAAUGGCUCCCUUCAUUUAACUGAACUUGAGGAAUUAUUUGAUAUAUCGCCUCAGUUCAGCAACGUUCAGUUAUACGGGAUCAUUCGCCUGAAAUUGUUCAAAUAUAUGAUUUUGGUUACCAAAUGUGAACAUAACAGUACAUUCUUGGGUAAUAACAUUUUUCGUGCGAAAAAUUUUGUUAUUAUUCCAAUUACGAGAGUAAACUCGGCUCCGAUAGAGCCUGAAAUGGUACAAGAUGAAGAAGAGCGAUAUUAUUUAUAUCUCCUAAAGCGACAUCUUUACCAUGGACAGAUCCUCUUUAGCCCUUCCAUGGAUUUGACCAACUCCUUACAGCGUUCUCAUAAAGUUUCUUCAGGUUCUAACAAAAGGUUCACAGCAAACUUCCGUUUUUUUUGGAAUAAGUACACGAACGAAGAGUUACUGUCCUUGGCAAUAGACAACGACCAGUUUUUGGAAUACAUCCAGCCCAUGAUACAGGGAAAUAUAUCUUCCACUAGUUUGUUUGUAAAAACGCAUCAUGUUCAACUGUAUAUCAUUACUCGGCAUGCAACAGAUCAUUCUGGAACAAGAUACUUUUCUAGAGGAGUUGACGAAAACGGUAAAGUUGCAAAUUUUAAUGAAACAGAACAGGUUUUACUUGUUGAUUCUUCUCUCGUACCUGAGGAAAGCAUCCUACUUUCGUAUACUCAGAUUAGAGGAAGCAUACCAAUGUUUUGGGCAGAAAUUAACGACUUAAGAUAUUUACCUCGACUGGUAGUACAGCCUACUACGUAUAGUGAGGCAGCCUUUGAGCGACAUUUCGAGGAUUUAGCUUCUGAUUAUCAAAACGAAAUUAUUGUAGUCAAAGGAAGCUUUUACUCUGAGUAUGGUUCUCGUGUUGUUUCCGAACAGCAGAAUCUAAUACGCACAAACUGCAUGGACUGCUUGGACCGUACAAAUGUCGUUCAAGCAGAAACAGCCCUCUUUAUCCUAAAUUUACAAUUACAAAAAGUAGGAAUUUUAGCCAAUUCGGAGACAAUUGAAAAUUUUGGAGAUUUUGUUCACGGGUUUCGAAACGUAUGGGCCAACACAGGUGAUUACAUUAGCAAUUUGUACACGUGCACCCCGGCGUUGAAAGGAGAUGUGACCCGCAGUGGGAAAAGAACGAUAAAAGGCAUGUAUGAAGAUCUUAUCAAUUGUUUGAAACGAUAUGUAUACAAUAAUUUUUGUGAUGGUGCUCUACAAGACAGUUUUGACCUGGGCCUUGGUGUUUUUCGACCGAUUUCUUCAGUUUCUUCCUCUCUGAUGUUUCAUCGAAUAUCAUGGGCCCAUUGUAUCCCACCUGCUUUUUCAGCUGUAUCUAUCCUGUGGUUGGUUUUGCAAGGUUUCAUGGGUACUGGUUCUUUGCUACUAAACUUAUCUUUGGGCACUUCUUGUUUCUUUUCUUUACUUUAUGUAAUAUUACAUAGAAAAAGCUAUAUAAAUUGGCCACGGUUAUUACCUCCAAAGUAUGCUAGUACAGGAUGGUUCUCAAUUCGACACUUGUUGAGAUCUUGGUCAAUAAAAGCACUACGUUUUCUUCGUUUCGGCUCUUUCAAGAAAAAAGUUUAG